AUGACGUCAUGAGAGGUGGCUGAAGUUGUUCCUGACCAUGGCGGGGCUAGGGGAUUGUGAGUUUCUAGUUCAGAGAGCCCGGGAGCUGGUACAGGACGAUACGUGUGCGGCACGAGCCUGGCUUAUCACCGCCCGCACUCUCUACCCACAGGACUUCAACAUCCAGUAUGAAAUGUACAAUAUUGAAAGAAAUGCGGAACGCACUGCCUCAGCCGGAAGACUGUUGUAUGACAUGUUUGUAAACUUCAGUGACCAGGCAGUAGUUUGGAGGGAAAUUGGUGUGAUAACAGCUGCUCUCCGGAAUGACUCGCAGGAUAAGCAAACACAGUUUUUAAGAGGUCUGUUUGAAGCCCUCCCGGGCCGGGUGCAGUGUGAGAUGUUACUUAAAGCCACAGAACAAUGUUUUAAUACACUGGAACGGGCAGAAAUGCUGCUGCUCUUGCUGAGGCGGUUCCCAGAGACUGUUGUACAACAUGGGGUUAGCUUGGGUGAGACACUUCUAGAAGCUGAGAGCCUUGAGGACCAGGAAUCGCCUGUAAACUGCUUUAGAAAGCUGUUCGUUUGUGAUGUUCUGCCGCUUAUUAUAAACAACUUGGAUGUUCGCUUGCCCGCCAGCCUGCUCUACAAGUACCUCAACAAAGCUGCCGAAUUUUAUAUCAACUAUGUGACACGAUCUCCUCAGAAUGACAGUCAACAACAAGGUACACAGGACUCCUCUGAUCUACUUUCCCCCACAAAACGAAGUUCCCAGAAAUACAUUAUUGAAGGGCUGACAGAGAAGUCUUCACAGAUUUUGGACCCUUGGGAUAGGCUGUUUAAGAUUCUUUCUGUAGUUGGAAUGAGAUGUGAAUGGCAGAUGGACAAAGGAACAAGGACAUUUAAUGAUCUGUUUCACCGUGUGAAAGAACUCUGCCGGUACAUCAGCAAUUUUGAUAAUGAGGCCCAUGCGAAGUAUAAGAAUCAAGUUGUCUACUCUACUACCCUCAUUUUUUUCAAAAGUGUCUGCCAUUAUAUCAGUGCCAUUCAGCCAUCCCUCUUCCAAGGACCAAACACUCCAAGCCAAGUACCCAUUGUCCUCCUAGAAGACAUUCCAAAUGUUUUCAGUGAAGUUGAAGUCGGUUCUGGCAAGCACAUUCACAAAAGAAGGAAACUUGCAGAGAGCAGAGAAAAGACAAUGAGCUCGGAUGAUGAAGAUCUGUCUGGGAAAAGUCGAAGUCGCCCUAUUGUUAAUAAAAGUGAUCUUCCUAACCAUAAUGAAGUACUUGAAAGCUUUAAAAUGGCAAGAGAAUGUUGGGACCUCCUUCAUUCUUCAGAUGCCUUUGACAAAGAGUUCUCCAGAAUUUGCUUACCAUGGAAGACAGACACCUGGCUGUGGUUAAGGAUCUUCCUCACAGAUAUGGUUAUUUAUCAGGGGCAACAUAAGAAAGCCAUCAACAGUCUUCACCUCUUGGCAGCUCUGCAGGGACCUCACUCACCAUCACAGCAGAUCUUGAGUCAAGGAAGCCUGGAACAGCAGAGGUCACUAAUCCAGCUCUCUGCUUGCCAUUUUGCCCUUGGUGAAUAUAAGCUCACAUGUGAGAAGGUUUUGGAACUGAUGAAUUUCAUUGUGCCCCCACCUCAGGAGACUUCUAAACCAAGAGAGGAACAGUCCAAAGUCAAACCUAAAUUUAGAAAAGCCUCUGACCUCCAGCUUUUACCUUGUGUUAGUAAAUAUGUAAUGCCUUACUGUCUUCAGCUGUUGGUGGCAAGUAUAAAGCUCCGAGCAUUGUCCGAUAAUAGGGAUGACAUGACUCUGGGACAUCUCAUUGUGUUACUGCAGCAUGACUGGCCUAAAGGAGAGGUCCUAUUUCUAAAAGCAAUAGGGAAGAUAUGUCAACAAGGAAAUUUCCAGUAUGAAAACUUCUUCAACUACAUUACAAAUAUUGAUAUGCUUGAAGAAUUUGCAUACUUGAGAACACAAGAGGGGGGUAAGAUUCACUUGGAACUGAUCCCCAAUCAAGGAGUAUUGCUUAAGAGCUCUAGCACUACCCUGGGGCUGCUGCAGCAGGAAUUCAUACCUGUCCUACAGGCCAGCCUAGCAUCCAGUGACAGGCAUCACACAGUGACUCGGGGCAUUACGAAAGGAGUAAAAGAAGACUUCAGGCUGGCAAUGGAACGACAGGUCUCUCGUUGCACAGAAAAUCUCAUGGUCAUCUUGCAUCGCUUUUGUAUUAAUGAAAAGAUUUUGUUGUUACAGUGUUUAGCUUAACAUCCAAACUUACUUCAGUCAGUUAGACAGUCUUUGACCUAUGAUGUUA